ACGGCUUCAUUCUAUUACAACAUACCAGUGUAUCACUUCUCUUUGUCUUUCAGUCUGCACAAGGUGGUGGUCAUCGAACGCUACUCUAUGGGCAUGCAAUCUUGCUGCGCCAUUCCUACAGUGGCAUGUACCUAUGCUGCCUCUCUACAUCUCGAUCUUCAAUGGAUAAGCUGGCAUUUGAUGUAGGAUUGCAAGAGGACACAACAGGUGAGGCAUGCUGGUGGACCAUCCAUCCUGCUUCCAAGCAACGAUCAGAAGGAGAAAAAGUCCGAGUUGGAGAUGAUCUUAUUUUAGUCAGUGUCUCUUCAGAAAGGUAUUUGCAUCUCUCUUACGGCAAUGGUAGCUUACAUGUUGAUGCAGCCUUCCAGCAGACGCUCUGGAGCGUAGCACCGAUCAGUUCAGGAAGUGAAGUUGCCCAAGGAUAUCUGAUAGGAGGGGAUGUUCUGAGGUUAUUGCAUGGUCACAUGGACGAAUGCUUGACAGUCCCUUCGGGUGAACAUGGAGAAGAACAAAGAAGAACUGUCCAUUAUGAAGGCGGUGCUGUGUCAAUUCAUGCUCGUUCCCUUUGGCGACUAGAGACUCUAAGAGUUGCGUGGAGUGGCAGCCACAUUAGAUGGGGACAGCCAUUCAGACUAAGACAUAUAACAACAGGAAAAUAUUUAAGUCUCCUGGAUGACAACAGCCUUCUGCUUACGGACAAAGAGAAAGCAGAUAUAAAGUCUACGGCAUUCUGUUUUCGGUCUUCCAAGGAAAAGUUGGACAUCGGGACAAGAAAAGAGGUGGAUGGAAUGGGGGCACCUGAAAUAAAAUACGGGGAUUCGAUAUGCUUCAUACAACAUGUAGAUACAGGCUUAUGGCUCACGUACCAGUCUGCUGAUGCAAAGUCUGUAAGAAUGGGUUCGGUGCAGCGGAAGGCAAUAAUGCACCAUGAAGGUCACAUGGAUGAUGGUUUAACAUUGUCCAGAUCUCAGAAUGAAGAAUCUCGUACAGCACGUGUCAUCCGUAGUACAGUCUUCCUUUUCAACAGAUUUAUAAGGGGUCUUGAUGCUCUCAGCAAGAAAGCAAAGUCUUCCACCAUUGAUUUGCCCAUUGAGUCUGUCAGUCUCAGCCUUCAGGACUUGAUUGGCUACUUUCACCCCCCUGACGAACAUUUGGAGCAUGAAGACAAACAAAACAGGCUCCGAGCACUGAAGAAUCGCCAGAACCUCUUCCAGGAAGAGGGUAUGAUCAACCUUGUUCUUGAAUGUAUUGAUCGCUUGAAUGUAUACAGCAGUGCAGCUCAUUUUGCAGACGUAGCUGGGAAGGAAGCUGGAGAAGCAUGGAAAUCUAUUCUGAAUUCUUUGUAUGAACUACUAGCGGCUCUGAUUCGAGGGAAUCGUAAAAACUGUGCUCAAUUUUCCGGAUCUCUUGAUUGGUUGAUCAGCAGAUUAGAAAGACUGGAAGCCUCCUCUGGAAUUCUAGAGGUCUUACACUGUGUGUUGGUGGAAAGUCCAGAAGCUCUAAACAUUAUUAAGGAAGGACAUAUUAAAUCAAUCAUCUGUCUUUUGGACAAACAUGGAAGAAACCAUAAGGUUUUGGAUGUUUUGUGUUCUCUCUGUGUUUGUCAUGGAGUAGCUGUGCGGUCUAAUCAGCAUCUAAUCUGUGAUAAUCUCCUGCCAGGAAGAGAUCUACUCUUGCAGACGCGCCUUGUCAACCAUGUGAGCAGCAUGCGGCCCAACAUCUUCUUGGGGAUUAGCGAAGGCUCUGCCCAGUACAGAAAAUGGUACUAUGAGCUUAUGGUGGACCAUCUGGAGCCCUUUGUUACUGCAGAAUCAACUCAUCUGCGAGUGGGCUGGGCUUCAACAGAGGGCUACUCACCGUAUCCAGGAGGAGGAGCGGAAUGGGGAGGAAACGGUGUUGGUGAUGACUUGUAUUCCUAUGGCUUCGAUGGCCUGCAUCUGUGGUCAGGUUGUGUAGCACGAACAGUAAAUUCUCCCAACCAACAUCUGUUAAGAACCGAUGAUGUUAUUAGCUGCUGUUUGGACCUGAGUGCCCCCAGCAUCUCUUUCCGGAUAAAUGGUCAGCCAGUUCAAGGAAUGUUUGAGAAUUUCAACAUAGAUGGCCUCUUCUUCCCAGUUGUCAGCUUCUCCGCAGGAAUAAAGGUACGUUUCUUGCUUGGAGGUCGCCAUGGAGAGUUCAAGUUUCUUCCUCCACCUGGAUAUGCCCCUUGCUUUGAAGCUGUCCUACCGAAAGAGAAGCUGAAAGUGGAGCACAGCCGAGAGUACAAGCAAGAUCGGAGCUAUACAAGAGACCUACUGGGUCCCACUAUCUCUCUGUCACAAGCAGCUUUCACUCCAGUUCCUGUAGAUACUAGCCAGAUUGUUUUGCCUCCCCAUCUGGAAAGAAUUAGAGAAAAAUUAGCAGAGAACAUCCAUGAACUUUGGGUUAUGAAUAAGAUUGAACUUGGCUGGCAGUAUGGACCAAUUAGAGAUGACAACAAAAGACAACACCCGUGCUUAGUGGAGUUCUCAAAAUUGCCAGAACAGGAAAGAAACUAUAACUUGCAAAUGUCACUUGAAACACUGAAAACCCUGCUGGCUUUAGGCUGCCAUGUUGGAAUUGCUGAUGACCAUGCCGAAGAAAAAGUGAAAAAAAUGAAACUUCCGAAGAACUACCAGUUGUUGAGUGGAUAUAAGCCUGCUCCCAUGGAUUUGAGUUUUAUCAAACUGACCCCCUCUCAAGAAGCUAUGGUGGAUAAACUAGCAGAGAAUGCUCACAAUGUGUGGGCAAGGGACCGUAUAAGGCAGGGCUGGACAUACGGUAUCCAGCAGGAUGUGAAAAAUCGACGAAAUCCUCGCCUUGUACCUUAUGCUCUUUUGGAUGAUCGAACAAAAAAGUCAAACAAAGACAGUCUUCGGGAAGCAGUCCGCACACUUCUAGGCUAUGGUUACAACCUGGAAGCUCCUGACCAAGAUCAUGCAAUGAGACUGGACGCGUGCAGUGGGAUAAUGGAAAAAUUCAGGAUCUUCCGCACAGAAAAAACUUACGCAGUGAAGGCUGGGAAGUGGUACUUUGAGUUCGAGGCAGUUACUGCAGGAGACAUGAGAGUUGGCUGGACCAGGCCGGGUUGUCUGCCAGAUCAGGAACUUGGCUCAGAUGAGGAAGCUUUUGUUUUUGAUGGCUUUAAGGCACAGCGAUGGCAUCAAGGUAAUGAGCAUUUUGGCCGCUCUUGGUUGGCAGGAGAUGUUGUUGGAUGUAUGGUUGACAUGAAUGAGCAUACUAUGAUGUUCACCUUGAAUGGUGAAAUCCUACUUGAUGACUCAGGUUCAGAACUUGCAUUCAAGGACUUUGAGGGUGGUGAUGGAUUUCUACCUGUGUGCAGCCUGGGGCCAUCUCAAGUGGGAAGAAUGAACUUCGGAAAAGAUGUCAGCACUCUAAAAUAUUUCACUAUCUGUGGCUUACAGGAAGGGUAUGAACCCUUUGCUGUUAAUACAAACAGAGACAUCACCAUUUGGCUGAGUAAAAGGCUCCCUCAGUUUCUACCAGUGCCACAAAAUCAUGAACAUAUUGAGGUGAUGAGAAUUGAUGGCACCAUAGACAGCUGCCCCUGCCUGAAGGUCACGCAGAAGUCUUUUGGUUCACAGAACAGUAAAACAGACGUCAUGUUUUUUCGAUUAAGCAUGCCCAUUGAAUGUGCUGAGGUGUUCUCCAGAUCAGCUGCAGGAGGGUUACCAGGCUCUGGUCUUUUUGGCCCGAAGAAUGACUUGGAGGAUUAUGAUGCUGAUUCUGAUUUUGAGGUUCUGAUGAAAACUGCUCAUGGUCAUCUAGUUCCUGACCGAACAGAAAGAGAAAAAGAUGCUACAAAACCAGAAUUAAACAACCAUAAAGAUUAUGUUCAAGAAAAGCCUUCACGUCUUAAACAAAGAUUUAUGCUCAGGAGAACAAAGCCUGAUUAUAGCACGAGUCACUCUGCACGACUUACUGAGGAUGUGCUUGCAGAUGACAGGGAUGACUAUGAUUAUUUGAUGCAAACUUCCACGUAUUAUUAUUCAGUGAGAAUAUUUCCUGGUCAAGAACCUGCUAAUGUCUGGGUGGGCUGGAUUACAUCUGACUUUCACCAGUAUGACACAACCUUCGACUUGGACAGAGUGCGUACUGUCACAGUUACACUGGGAGAUGAAAAAGGGAAGGUUCAUGAGAGUAUAAAACGCAGCAACUGCUAUAUGGUGUGCGCAGGAGAGAGCAUGAGCCCUGGACAAGGACGUAAUAAUAAUGGUCUGGAGAUUGGUUGCUUGGUGGAUGCUGCCAGUGGCCUGUUGACUUUCACAGCUAAUGGCAAGGAACUAGGCACGUACUAUCAGGUUGAACCAAGUACAAAGUUAUUUCCUGCUGUAUUUGCUCAAGCUACAAGCCCCAAUGUUUUCCAGUUUGAGUUGGGAAGAAUAAAGAAUGUAAUGCCAUUAUCUGCUGGCUUAUUCAAAAGUGAACAUAAAAACCCAGUCUCUCAGUGUCCUCCACGUCUCCAUGUACAGUUUCUGACUCAUGUGCUUUGGAGCAGAGUGCCAAACCACUUCUUGAAGGUUGAUGUCUCUAGGAUCAGUGAACGUCAAGGCUGGAUGAUACAGUGCCUGAAUCCCCUGCAGUUCAUGGCCCUUCAUAUUCCCGAAGAAAACAGAACAAUUGAUAUUUUAGAGCUGACAGAACAAGAAGAACUGCUGAAAUUUCACUACCAUACCCUACGAUUAUAUUCAGCUGUUUGUGCUUUAGGCAACAACCGAGUGGCCCAUGCUAUGUGUAGCCAUGUGGAUGAAUCUCAGCUCCUGUAUGCUAUUGAGAAUAAAUAUAUGCCAGGAUUAUUACGUGCAGGAUAUUAUGACUUACUUAUUGACAUCCAUCUCAAUACCUAUGCAACUGCCAGGUUAAUGAUGAAUAAUGAAUUUAUAGUUCCAAUGACAGAUGAGACCAAGAGUAUUACUUUGUUUCCUGAUGAAAACAAAAAACAUGGCCUCCCCGGGAUAGGACUUAGCACUUCAUUAAGGCCGAGAAUGCAGUUCUCCUCCCCGAGUUUUGUAAGCAUUAGCAGUGAAUGCUUUCAGUUCAGUCCUGAAUUCCCUCUGGAAAUCUUAAAGACCAAAACCAUAGAGAUGCUGACUGAAGCUGUUCAGGAGGGCAGCCUUCAUGUCAGAGAUCCAGUUGGAGGUUCUACAGAAUUUCUAUUCGUCCCUCUCAUCAAGCUCUUUUACACCCUCCUGAUUAUGGGAAUCUUCCACAAUGGGGAUCUGAAGCACAUCUUGCAGUUGAUUGAGCCCCGUGUUUUCAAAGAAGCAAUGAGCCAGGAGGAUGAAACUAAUUUCUCAGAGAAGGAGUUGAGGUCAGAUGAGCUCAGGGUGGAAGAAGGAGAGGAAGAAACCAGAGGGGAACAAGUGCCAAAGGAAGGACUCCUUCAGAUGAAACUUCCAGAACCUGUUAAAUUACAGGUAACAAUACUGCUGUGA